AUGUACGUGCUCUGGGGGCCCAUCACCGAGCGGAAACGGCGACGGAGAGGGCUUGUGCCUGGCCUUCUGAACUUGGGGAACACUUGUUUCAUGAACUCCUUGCUGCAAGGUUUAUCUUCCUGCCCAUCUUUCAUCAAGUGGCUGGAGGAAUUUACAGCACAAUACAAGACAGAGCAGAACCAGCCCCCUGAGUGUCGACACUUGUCAGUCACUUUGCUGCAGCUCCUAAAAGCUUUGUCCUGCCAGGAGGUGACAGAGGAUGAUGUCCUGGAUGCAAGCUGCCUGUUGGAAGUUCUAAGGAUGUACAGGUGGCAGAUCUCCUCGUUUGAAGAGCAGGAUGCUCAUGAACUGUUUCAUGUCCUUACCUCUUCACUAGAGGACGAGCGGGACCGUCAGCCACGGGUGACGCAUCUGUUCGACGUGCAUGCACUGGAGCAGCCAGAAAUAACCCAGAAGCAAAUAAGCUGCAGAACAAGAGGAUCUCUUCCCCCUAUGUCAGAGCACUGGAAAUCACAGCAUCCUUUCCAUGGAAGGCUGACCAGCAACAUGGUUUGCAAACACUGUGAACACCAGAGUCCUGUGAGGUACGACACCUUCGACAGCCUCUCACUGAGUCCUCCUGCUGACACAGGUCAUCCUAUGACACUGGACCACUGCCUCCAUCAUUUCAUCUCCUCUGAAUCUGUGAAGGAUGUUGUGUGUGACAACUGCACUAAAAUUCAGGCAGAAGGGACUCUGAAUGGACAGAGCAUAGAAAACCAGAGGACAACAUUUGCCAAGCAAUUAAAGUUAGGAAAGCUCCCUCAGUGUUUGUGUAUCCACCUGCAAAGACUGAGCUGGUCAAACCAAGGCACUCCUCUGAAGAGGCAUGAACACGUGCAGUUCAACGAGUUCCUCAUCAUGGACAUCUACAAAUAUCACAUUCCAGUUCAGAAAUCCUGCCAGAACGAGCUGAACCAGAAGAAUUCUGAAGAGACAGCACCUGGAACAAAGGAUGGGAUAGCAGUAAAACCUUCAGACACAGAACAGCCCUCUGGCACUAAACCAUUCUUUGUGAAUGGUGCCUGCUCCUCUUCCUUCUUCAUGACCUCAGGAGCUUUUCCUCUUGCUGCAUUCCCUGAGUGUGGCUCCCCCCUCUACCUGUACCGCCUGAUGGCCGUGGUGGUGCACCACGGGGACAUGCACUCGGGGCACUUCAUCACCUACCGCCGGUGCCCGGGGCCGGCCCGGGGCCCUCUGUGUGCCAGCAGCCAGUGGCUGUGGGUGUCUGACGAUGCCGUGCGCAGGGCCAGCCUGCAGGAGGUCCUCUCUGCCAGCGCCUACCUGCUCUUCUACGAGCGGGUCCCCUCCAGGGCACAGCCCCGCAGCCGGCAGGGCAGGGCCGAGGAGUGA